ACGUCAUACGUCAUAUAGUAAUUAAUUUGUGAGUAAAAAUCGGCGAACGUGUCUAUAUUUAUUAUUUUUAAUGUAAGGAUAACAUUAAAAUUACGAAGCAACACUGCAGGUUAAGUGGCGACAUUAAUGUGCUUAAUUUGCAAAUAAUUUGCAGAACAAGAAUAAACAGCAGAUUGUGUGAGGAUUAAACAAUCCAGGUGCUGUCCAAAAUGAUACUGUUCGAGGGGUUUCAGAACAGACAUCCAAUGCAUCCCAUGCAAAGAAGGGAGCCACCAGUUCCUCAUGGUGACAAUUUGGGCAAUCAGUGCGUGGAGGAGAACCAUGACGACAUAUCCUCCUUGCACAAACGACAAACGACGUCUGCAGAACACUUGUGCAUUUACGAUAUUUUCAACAAACUUCAAAGGUAUGGAGAAUACGAUAUAGGAGGCACUUUCACCGACAACGAGCCUGACUUAUGGUUCUAUUUCAAUACCUCUUUCUGCCCGGGGAACAAGUGUCUUCUCAAUCUAUUUGUAUGUCUAAGAAAAGUGGGCAGCUUCAGCAUCGGUAUAAGCAAAUCUCCUGAAGUCACCCACGGACCAGUCACAGCCAACUCACCUGGACGAUCUUACUUACCAUAUGAAUUUAAAUGGCAAGUGUUCAAGUCAAAUCAGCCCGAUGAGAAAUAUUUUGUCAAAACUUACUGCUUUACACCGAAGAACUUGGAAGGCAGGAUACUCUGCAUUCCUAUAGUGAUUAAGACCGAUCCUGCCAGCCCAUUCAACAUGGAUCUAAUUAAACAAAUUAAGCUUAAUCAUGAUUUUGGUGAGCUUUUAUCAAAGCAGGAGAAAACUAACUAUAUAAUUGAGUCAGCUAGUCGGAAACAAUACCAAGUGCAUAAGAUAAUUCUAGCUGCUCAUAGUCCUCUCUUAAGAAACAAGGUUAAGAAUGACACAAACUCACUAUUCUUGGAUAUAAACGACAAUGAUAUGGAGUUGCUCCUGCAAUUCUUAUAUACAGGUACAAUUAAAGAUAUAUUAAGACAAGAUUGCAUUAAUCUGCUAGAUAUUGCGGGGAAAUUUGAAUUAGGUAACCUUUUUUUUCUAGUGCAAUAUGCUAUCGCUGAACAAAUUAAUGUUGCAAACUGCAUGGAAAUUGCACUCAUAUCGGAGAGAUACAAUUUAGAAAAACUACAAACAACUGUUUUUCAGUUUAUAAAGGAGAAUUCUGAAGUAUAUGAGACUGAAGGAUGGAAAAAUUUGAAUGAUGUAAAUCUAAUAAAGAAAAUGAUUCAGUAUGUGAAUACGAAUAAGAGCACAAAAUAAUUCACAACGAUUUUAUAGUAUUUUUCACAUAGCUUGGAUGAUGGCAGCUGUCAUCUUCAUACAAUUUAUGAGUUAUAUAACGCAAAAAUGUAGAGAUGAUAGCUGUCACCGUUCCCAAACUACCUGUUUGAAAAAUACUAUAGGUUGAGUAAGAUGCGUAAAAUCUAAGACAAUUUCGUGCUUCGAAUCUGACAGGUAAACGAGAUGGCGCUGUACAGCUCCAUACACAUUUUGCGGUAAUUCUGAUUGUCCAAAGUUUUCGAUUGACCGCAAAUAGCGCCAUCUGUUUUGUAUGUCAAAAAAAGGAGCACAUUUUUACCUUAGACUUUACCUCUCUAUUACAAUCAAUUCUCGUUGCUAUAGGUAGCAAUUAACCAUAAUAAUAUUCUUGAUAAGUUGAGUCAUAUUUGUCAUACAGUAACAAAUAUAAAAAGUAUCAAAACGAUUUAUAAAUUAUUUGUAGGUAAUAUUGUAAGUGAAACCUUUUAAAAUAAAUUUGUCAUGUUCGUUGCCUUAACAUAACAGUAUUGAGACUUGGAUAACUGCUAAAUAAAAAAGUCUAGAGUCAGACCAAGAUAAGUUGGCAGCGAUUUUGGCAGCCCAGACAGUGUAAGUGUUAGUUUAAACGUCAAACUUCUAUGAAAUUAUGACGUUAACUUAAUACUUAAGAGCACAGCACAGCGUAUGUCAUUCCAGAUCUAGAGCAGAGCCCAACUGGGGAAGUACCUCCACCUUACAGAAAACCACAGCCAAAUGACACUAGACCCUACUCAUAGUGUGUUCCUGCCGGUGAGUAAGGUUGCCAGAGCUCAAUCAGGCUGCGGGGUGUUAGGGUCGGCAAUGCGCAUGUAACUCCUCUGGAGUUGUAGGCGUCCAUAGGCUACGGUAACCGCUUACCACCAGGCGGGCCGUAUGCUUGUUUGCCACCGGCGUAGUAUACAAACAAAACUUCCACAGGCUGGGCUAUCAAAAUCGCUGCCAUGUUAGCUUGGUCUGACUCUUAACAGAUAAAGGCAAGAUCUAGUCAUAAAAAGAAAAAAUACUCAGGUGUAUUCGGUUAAUUCCGAAAAAAAAAAGAAAAAAGUGGCGGGUAAAAUUUAAAAAGGGAUUCUUAUUACAACAAAAUAUGAGUGAUUGUAAAUGAUUUUCGGGAUUAAUCAAUUUCCGAAAUUGCCCGAAUACACCUGUACACAUAGACUAGAUAUCAACUCACUUCAUAUAUUUUCUAUAAAAUAUACAUAUAUAAAUAAAAUAAUAAUAAUAGGAUCAUGCAUUCGUGAAAAUGUUUACGUUUACCAUUUAGGUAAACUAUUUCUUUUUUGUUAUUUCUACUAAAUCCCGAGCUCUUUGCUUCACGAGAAAGUGUCCUAAAAUUUCCAUACAUUUUUCGAUUCUACCAUUAUUUUCUCGUAGGUACUAGGAUCGAAAGAACUUGUAAUUCUAAGUAGAAAUAACAAAAAAAAAAUGUCCAACAAAAGAAGGUGUACUGUACAACUUUAACCAGGCAUAAUUGGACCCUAUCACUUUGAAAUAAAGUUCAAAAUCAGGUGGGCAUUGUAUUCCCUCUGCUUUACAAAGGCUUAGGUAUACCUAUUAGGUAUUUUAUAUACAUAUAAAAUACUUAAUUGACUUUAUCAUCCUAGAUGUAACAACGGAUACGGGGUAAUAAAAAUAUAUAACUAAUCAAUUCUACUGUAAUAUUAUUUUAUAUAACGAAUAGAAUCAGGCAUUACUUAGCGGAAAUUCAUAUUACAAGUCAAAACCACAUCGAUACAGUCCGUCAAGAAAGGCCUCAAAUCACUAAUUAAAUUGAUGGCAGCCGUUUUGCGUUCCAAAAAAACGCUACGGCUUUUUAAAUUCCGUUUUCUGAACCUACUGCUUAAGAAUCACACGAAGCCGCCGCCAUGCAAUAAAACUAAACGCUCUCAUUUUAAAACAUGCUGCUUAGAUUACAUGACACAUGGCAUAUAUAUUUACGUAACAUAUGUAUAACUAUGUCUGGUAUUAGUUUCGUUAAAAAUUGUUACACAAAGUUAGAAGUAGGUAGGUACAGUCACCUGCUAUAAUAUGUUACACAACGAGGGCUACAUAAAUAUCUGACGAUCUUAUUUGUGGAGCCAUAAGAAUGUGUCACAUAUUUUUGCGGCCUUCGAAGAAUAACAUUAUUGCAGGUGACUGUACUUCCUUAUCAUUAACUGUUGACACCACCUUACGGCUGGCCGCAAGUGUACGGAUUUUUGUGUGAGUGAACGGGACGUCGCUAUACACAUUCAUAGUGUUAUCUCACUUGCAUCUGUCAUUCCGUACGUUUCCGAAUAAAAAAAAACCGUGCGUGUGCGCCCAGCCUACAUGUGAUGUGAAUUACUGUUUCUAUUACUAAAGUUUAUUUUGUGCAUAUACGUAUAAGUUUAAGUGAUGAUAUUUCACUAAGUAAAAGCGUGAUAUUUAUAAGUCUUCGCUGUAAUGAUACGUACCUACGGUUUUAAACCUUUAUAUAAAGUAAUUUGAAUAGCGUGCCGAAAUAAAUAAAUAAUGUAUCUUUGUAAAUUAUCACA